AUGUCUUGCCUCGUACUGUCCUGUACGACAUGCCAGCAACAGGCGAUCGGCAUGCGGUGCGGCCCGUCCGAAGGACGCUUGGAGCCGUUUGCACCAGCGUGCUACUUCGGGCAUCAAACAUCACACCCGGCCGAUGUCUUUGCUUUUCUUCCCUUGGCAAGAAGCGACGCUCCUACUCAGUUCUCAACCUCCACCAUCUCAACCUCCUCCAAGCACAACGAGUCUGCCAAACUCACGGUUUGCGACGUGAACCUCAAUCAUGACUGGCUCCCUGAUAACAUCCUCCCCUCACUUCAGGGCGCCACAAUCUGCAUGUCUCCGGCUGGCAUAGGAAACAGGCACGACAGGCAAUGCUGGCAUUUUGGCUCCAGACAUGUCGACGAUGUGUCUCAGUCAUUCUACCGCAUUGGGAGGGUUUUUUCAGUACGUGAACAUCCGCUUGACUGGACGCCACUCAAGUCUCCAUCAUGA